UUGACCCAUACCCGACCCAUCCAACCCCUCAAAUAUAGUUGCAAAACAAAUUCUCUCUUCUGUAAUAGAUGAAUUAGGGUUUAAUCUUGGUGCGUGAACCUCCCUUUUCUUCGAGAAUAUAUGGAUUCUCCUCAACCAGGCAUGGAAUCUGGAGAGCAGAUUAAUGAUGAAGAAGUUAAGAGUGUAAUUGAAGUAAUGGCAGCUAGUGGGAAGUAUUGGCAUGACUGGGACAAACUCAAGGGCAUGCUGUCAUUCCAUCUUAAGCAGGUCCUGUCAGAUUAUCCCGAGGCAAAAAUGACUAUUGAACAGCAACAGUCCUGUUUAGAAGAGAGCUUACCUGAGUUGGUUAAGAGGUUGGAUGAUGCUCUCAACAGCUUUGUUGAAGGCCCUCCAUUUACGUUACAAAGACUUUGUGAGAUUUUGUUGGAUGCGCGGAACAUUUAUUCCAAGCUGUCAAAGCUAGCGUUGGCUCUAGAAAAGAAUUUGUUAGUUACAUCAACAUUGACUAUCUCUAGCGAUCCAUAUACCAUACAACAUGCUGCAACAGAAGCAGAGACAGAAACAGAAACGAAGGGUUCCCCAAUUGAAUCUAAUGGAGUGGAACCUAUAGCGAGUGCAGGUGAUGCAGAUGAAGUAAUGGCUGAGGCUGAGGCUGAAGUUGAGGAUGUUAUGACAGUUGACAUGGACACUAUUGAAGCAAUAGUUAGAUCAUCUGAAGCAGCAGAUACUACACCUACCAGUGAUUCAUAAUGCACGCUGCUGUUAUUAUUUUUCAUGUCAAAUACAGGAUAUGCGUACUCGGUAGGUCAUGCUUCAGUUAAAUUCAUAAAAUUUAGCAGUAUAAUUAAAACAUAACUAUAAUUAAUGUCUGGUUGCCUGUUUUUUCCCCUA